AUGACUAUCUUCACGAGAGAUCUCAGCCGUCGGAUCGUAUUAUAUGUUCUAUUGCCGCUCUUCUUUCUCCAACUCUUGCCUUACGUUACCUGCCAGCAAGAGUCUGAACCCAAAGUCCAGGCGGAAUCGGUAAUUGGAAUCGUUUUGCUUUCCAUGUUCCUCUUAAGUAUAGUCGGUAGCUGCUUGUACCACAUAUUUCUCAGCGCAGAGAUUGAGCCGGAAGGCCAUGAAGUGUUGCAUUCUGGAACGAGGCGUGGGCUCGACAAAGAUGUCAUCGAGUCGUUUCCGUGUUUCCUCUACUCAGAGGUUAAAGGACUCAAGAUAGGCAAAGGCGGAGUCGAAUGUGCCAUCUGUAUAAGCGAGUUUGAGGAUGAAGAAAAGCUACGUUGGAUGCCUCCUUGUCGCCACACGUUCCAUGCUAGUUGCAUCGACGUCUGGCUCUCUUCUCGCUCCACGUGUCCGGUCUGCCGUGCGAGUCUGUCUCUUAAACCCGGAGAGAGUUUCCCACAUCCAAGAACCGAUCUUGAAACGGGGAAUGGUCAAAGUUAUGUUCAAGAACCCAACGAUGACAUAAGCUUGAGAGGGAAUAGUGGAGAUUACACAACACCUCGAUCGAGAUCUACAGGGUUAUUGUCAAGCUGGCGUAUGGCUGAGAUUUUCCUUCCAAGAUCUCAUUCGAGCGGAGAUUCAUUGGUUCAACUAGAUGAGAAUCUAGACCGAUACACAUUGCAGCUACCGGAGGAGGUGCAGAGACAGUUGGUAAGCUUGAAUCUCACAAGGAGAAGCCACAUGGACUUACCUCAAGCAAGGAGUUCGAGAGAGGGAUACAGGAGCGGCAGCGUUGGGAGCGAGAGAAGCGGUUUCUCACAAGGACGACAAACGCUUCGGCGGGCUAUUUCUACGUCCCUCUCUUUCUCUUUUCAAGCUGCUUCUGUUCUGUCCACGCAUGGCAAGAACGUCCGAGAAACUUCCCAAGCUAAGGACAUUGAAUCUGGUGAACGGUCGUUUGCACGCCUCAUGCCAGAGAAGGUCUGA